AACAUAAAUAUCUUCUAGAGUCGGUGAAUUUGGCAAUCUUUUCGCACAUUUUCUCUGCAAAAUCCAGGGACGACCAUGAAUCGCCACCACGAUCCCAAUCCUUUUGAAGAAGAAGAGGUUAAUCCAUUCUCGAUCUAGACUGUCAAACCAGAGUCUUCCCAACUUGGGUCUCUAAUUUGAUGCUCAAACAUGGAAAUUUAUUGGCAUCAACAUAAAAUCUUUCCUCAUUAAAAUGAGGAUAAAAUAUGAAUGGUGCAUCUGCUCCUGGAUCAAAAUCACGUAUUCCGCCACUGGCAUCUGAACCAUUGGGUUUUGGUCAAAGACAUGAUGCUACAGUUGAUAUUCCAUUAGAUAACAAACAUGACACUAGGAAAAAAGAGCAAGAACUAGCAGCUUGGGAAUCAGAUCUGAAAAGGAAAGAAAAGGAUAUAAAAAGGAGAGAAGAAGCUCUUUCUCAAGCUGGUGUUCCUGCUCAUGAUAAGAAUUGGCCUCCAUUUUUCCCAAUCAUUCAUCAUGAUAUUGCCAAUGAGAUACCGGCUCAUGCUCAAAGGAUGCAAUAUCUGGCCUUUGCAAGUUGGUUAGGAAUUGUUCUCUGCCUGGUUUUUAAUGUAGUUGCUGUGACUGUAUGUUGGAUUAGAGGCGGUGGGGUUAAAAUUUUUUUCCUUGCUGUGAUCUACACUUUACUUGGAGUUCCCAUGUCGUACGUGCUUUGGUAUAGGCCCCUCUAUAAUGCCGUGAGGACAGAUAGUGCAUUCAAGUUUGGUUGGUUUUUCCUGAUUUACAUGCUGCAUAUUGCGUUUUGUGUCUUUGCUGCUAUUGCUCCUCCGGUUGUUUUUCAUGGAAAGUCAUUGACGGGUAUUCUUGCCGCAAUUGAUGUCUUCUCAGACCAUGUAUUCGUUGGGAUAUUCUAUUUGGUUGGAUUUGGCUUGUUUUGCUUGGAGACUCUACUAAGCUUGUGGGUGGUUCAGAAAGUCUACAUGUAUUUCAGGGGGAACAAGUGAGAUUUUCCAGUCACAUGCUAAGUGACCAGUAUAUUCUUUUUCUUCUGCUCCAGUGUCUCCCCACUUUCCCAUGUUCCUACCUAUGACUUUUAGAUCAGUGUUUAGUGAAUUCUAGGAACUUUAAUGUGCCUUCCUGUGGUUGUAUAACUCCGAUCUCCCUUCCCUCUGAUUCUUUUUUCCUUUUUGGUUAGCAUAGUGACAUCCGGAUUUUUCUUUCAAUUAAUGAAAUAUAUGUUGUGAGUGAAA